CCAGUGGCCGGGGGUGCAUCAUGAGGCUCGGACGCUACAAAUUGGGGUGCCAGGGGCACUGAGUCGCUUCUGGGAGCUUCUGCUGCAGGAGGUAGUGACUCCCUCGGGGAGGGAAGCAGCAGCCAUGCCUUCGAUGACGGACCAGCAGGCAGAAGCCCGUGCCUUCCUCAGCGAGGAGAUGAUCGCAGAGUUCAAGGCCGCCUUUGACAUGUUUGAUGCGGAUGGCGGCGGAGACAUCAGCACCAAGGAGCUGGGGACGGUGAUGAGGAUGCUGGGCCAGAACCCCACCAAAGAGGAGCUGGAUGCCAUCAUAGAGGAGGUGGAUGAGGAUGGCAGCGGUACCAUUGACUUCGAGGAGUUCCUGGUGAUGAUGGUGCGCCAGAUGAAAGAGGAUGCCAAAGGCAAGUCCGAGGAGGAGUUGGCCAACUGCUUCCGCAUCUUCGACCGGAACGCAGAUGGGUUCAUCGACAUUGAGGAGCUGGGUGAGAUCUUGAGGGCAACCGGGGAACACGUCACUGAGGAGGACAUAGAGGACCUGAUGAAGGAUUCAGACAAGAACAACGACGGCCGCAUUGACUUCGAUGAGUUCCUGAAGAUGAUGGAGGGUGUGCAGUAAGGGACCAGACAUUCCUCAGGCCAUCGGCUGCGGCCGGCUGCUGCGCCCAGCCUCGCUCCACCGCUGCUCAGGGAGCAGCAGCUCUGCAGCGCCCGGCCCCUGGCUGCCCGCUCCAGCUGGGACCCUGCCCCACACCACGACCCCGGUCUCGCCCCACUGAGAGCUUUUCCUUCCAUCUGUCACUUGCGGUUUUGGUCUGAGCCUCAUUAAAGCAGGAGAGGCUGGA